AUGGCGUCAAGAUUAGACAGAAUUGUCACUAUUCUCGAGACGGGCAGCACCCGUCUGAUUCGGGAUACCGCCGUCAACCAGCUUGCUGAUUGGCAGAAGCAGCACCCGGACGAGCUCUUCAACCUAUUAUCCAGGGUAGUGCCAUAUCUUCGCCACAAAGACUGGGAAACAAGGUCGACGGCAGCCAAGGCCAUCGGCAAGAUCAUCGAGAAUGCUCCCUUAUAUGACCCUAACGAAGACGAGGACUCGCUUCCUGCCCCUCCACCAUCCAUCAAGCCGGAGAUUGGCCACGUCAAGAAAGAAGAAGACCAGGACCUCCUCCCCUUUCCUGACGAUGAACUCUUCAGGCUUGAUUCGCUCCAUCUGGAGAAUGUGUUGAACUACGGCCGUGAACUUGUUCGCGGCGGCACGGUGGAGUACAACCUGGCCGCCCUGGACCCCCAGUCCCGCCUAGCACACCAGAAGAAGACUCUGAACGGCCGACUGGGCCUGUUGGGCAGGAAAUUCGAACCGGACGAGAUGCCUGUCGUUCUCGACAAGGACUCGAUCCCCAUGACGCCUCUCGACGCCUCUGCCACCAAUACCCUAGCACGUACGGACUCUAUGUCGACCGUCGGGCAGAGUCAGCCUGCGGAAGAGUCCGGUUUGAGCUCCAGACAGCUCAACGUGCUCAAGAGGAAACGGAAGCGCGAGGCCCAAAAGGCCGCCAAGGGCGGGUUUGGUGAUUUGUCCAUUAGAAGAACAAAUACCGCAGGCUCCGAAGGCUUCCCCGACGAUACCCAUACCCCGCUAGCAGAUCCGGAUGCCAAGAAGAACGGCAAGAUGAACGACUACUUCAGCCUGGACCGCCCGGCCGAUGUAGACGAGGAGACCAAGGUUGUGAGCGAGUUCAAAGGACCCCUGGAGCCGAUCAAGUCGGAAAUUGAGGUCAGCCACUCCAUGGAAGGAUCGGAAUGGCCCUACGACCGGCUCUGCGACUUCCUCAAAAUCGACGUAUUCGACCCGGUGUGGGAGACACGACACGGUGCUGCCAUGGGCCUCCGCGAGGUCAUCCGAGUCCACGGUGCCGGCGCUGGCCGGUUGCGCUCCAAGUCCCGCCAAGAGAACGACCGGCUCAACAAGGCCUGGCUUGACGACCUCGCCUGCCGCCUGUGCUUCGUGCUGAUGCUCGAUCGGUUUACCGAUUACAGCUCUGACACCUCCGUCGCCCCCAUUCGGGAGACCAUCGGCCAGACCCUGGGUGCCGUCCUUCGUCAUGUGCCCCCGGAGUCCGUGCACAGCAUCUACAAGGUCCUCUACCGCAUGGUCAUGCAAGAAGACCUCGACGUCGGGAGGGUCUGGGCCGUAUGCCACGGCGGCAUGGUCGGCCUGAGAUACGUCGUCGCCGUGAGGAAAGACCUGCUCCUGGAAGACGGUGAAAUGAUUGACGGCGUCAUUCGCGCCGUCAUGAAAGGCCUGCGGGACCAAGACGACGACGUGCGGUCCGUCAGUGCCGCCACGCUGCUCCCCAUGGCCCGGGAGUUCGUCACCAUGCGUCCCGCGGCCAUCGACAGCCUGAUCGACAUCGUCUGGUCCAGCCUCCAGGAUCUGGGCGACGACCUGAGCGCCAGUACCGGCAGGAUCAUGGACCUUCUCGCAACCCUCUGCGGCUUCCCGGAGGUGCUUCAGGCCAUGCAAGUAUCCGCCGACGCCGACGAAGAGCGAACCUUCGACGUCCUCGUGCCCAGGCUGUAUCCGUUCCUACGCCACACCAUCACCUCCGUCCGGCUGGCCGUCCUCAAGGCGCUGUCGACUUUUAUUGGCCUGGAAAAGCAACGGUCCAGCGGAUGGAUGGGUGAGAAGCUGCCAAGGCUCAUGUUCCAGAACAUUCUCGUCGAGAGGGACCAGGAGACGCUCGCCAUGUCCCUCGACGUCUGGUCCUCGCUGGUGACCAGCCUUGCCCGGGACGCAAGCCAGCUCGCCGACGCAGCCAGUGUCGAGCCCAUGAUGCAGCUUGCCCUCCACCCUAUCGGCGUCUCCCGGAAUCCGAUCCCGAUGAACGUCGCCCUCUUCCAGAAACCGUCCGGCGGGACUUACUCGGCUUCGGCCAUGCCUGCACCGCCUCCGCGAAAGGCGUCGUCGCCAGAGGGAGGCGAACGCGCGCCCAAGCGGCGGAGGAAGUCUACCAAAGUCGACGACACGCCUGUUGCCGCCCCCGGCCACGACGUGGACGGUCACAUGAUGCAAGGAGACGUGGACCUUGUCGGCAUGGAUACCUUGAUUCGGUCCAGGUCGUCGGCCGCCAAGGCCGUCGGCCUGCUCAUGUCCCGUGUCCCCGCAGACCGCCUCGCCGACUACGAGCGGCAUAUCAUCCCGGCGCUUUCGUCGCCCUACUCGUCGACCCAGCUGACCGCAUGCGUGAUCAUCGAGGAAUAUGCCAGGAACUGCUCCGGCUCUGGGGUGGUGUCCUCGCGCUUCACGAAGCCUCUUCAGCAGAUCAUCGACGAGGAAAGACCCGGCCACUACAGAGAUCUCGUCAGCUAUAUGCAUCGUGUCCGGUCUCAGUGCACGCAGCUCGUCAACAUGUUCCGAGACCACGGCAAACUAUCCAGCAGGCACCUUCCGACGCUGGCCGUCGUUGUCCAAGGCGAGCCGGAGGCCGGGCCGGGGGCGUUCUCCAUGGCCGUCGCCGACAAGAUCGUGCACGAGGAUUUCGACAAGUUUAAGAAGGCCAUGUCGCCCGGCCAGAGACUGAUAGCCAGCCAGAUGCUGACCGAAGCCCGAGAUGUGGCGGCCGCUGCCAUCUCGGACGCCAAGGCCGCCAAGGAGGCCCGAGAUGUACGCAUUAAGGCGGGUGCCGCCUGCGCCCUCGUGGCCGUCAAGGCGCUUCCCAAGAAGCCGAGCCCCCUCAUCAAAGCCAUCAUGGACAGCAUCAAGACGGAGGAAAACCAAGAAACCCAGAGCCGCUCGGCGGCCAACAUUGCUCGGCUCGUUCAGCUGUUCACCGAGCUUGGCCGGAAGGGACCGGCCGAGAAGGUCGUGUCCAACCUCAUCAAGUUCUCCUGCGUGGAAGUUGCCGAGACGCCAGAAUUCCCCGUGCACGCGUCCAAGACGGACUGCAUACUGUCCAUGCAGAAGGAAGAGGACAGGGUCGACCACGCGGACGCAGUCAAAUGGGCCAAGGAAGCCAAGGCAGCCCGUAUCACGAGGCGGGGUUCGAAAGAGGCGCUCGAGCUCCUGUCCCGGAUAUACGGCGCCGAGUUGCUCAACACGGUACCGGUUCUACGGACGUUCAUGGAAGAACCCCUCGUCAAGGCGUUCUCUGGGCCUCUUCCCGACCGAGCAAAGAACGCCGAGGACACGUUUGGUCAAGAGAUCGUCGAUGCCAUGUCGCUGAUUCGGACCCUGACGCCGACGCUGGAUCCUGCCGUCCAUCCCUUCAUCAUGCAGAUGGUUCCGCUCGUCAUCAAGGCGCUGCACUCGGAGCUCGCCGUGUUCCGUUACAUGGCGGCCAAGUGCAUGGCCACGAUCUGCAGCGUCAUCACGGUCGACGGCAUGACGGCCCUGGUGGAGAGGGUUCUGCCGUCGAUCAGCAACCCGGUCGACCUGAGCUUCCGCCAGGGCGCCAUCGAGGCGAUCUACCACUUGAUCGCGGUCAUGGGGGACGCCAUACUCCCCUACGUCAUCUUCCUCAUCGUCCCCGUGUUGGGUCGCAUGAGCGACUCGGACAACGACAUCCGCCUGAUUGCCACCACAUCCUUCGCCACCCUGGUCAAGCUGGUUCCGCUCGAGGCCGGCAUACCCGAUCCACCGGGCCUGUCGGAAGAGCUCCUGCGGGGACGGGAUCGGGAGCGGACGUUCAUUUCGCAGCUUUUGGACCCCAAGAAAGUCGAGCCUUUCAAAAUCCCCGUGGCCAUCAAGGCCGAGCUGCGGUCGUACCAGCAGGAAGGCGUCAACUGGCUGCAUUUCCUCAACAAAUAUCAUCUCCACGGGAUUCUCUGCGACGACAUGGGCCUGGGCAAGACCCUGCAGACGAUUUGCAUCGUGGCCAGCGACCACCACCAGCGCGCCGAGGAAUUCGCCAAGACGGGGGCGUCGGACGUCAGGCGGCUCCCUUCCCUCAUCGUCUGUCCGCCCACGCUGUCGGGGCACUGGCAGCAGGAGAUCCAGACGUAUGCGCCCUUCCUGAGCGUCACGGCUUAUGUCGGGCCGCCGGCCGAACGGAAGGCGAUGAAGGAAUCGUUAGACAAGACGGAUAUCGUGGUCACCAGCUACGACGUGUGCCGGAACGACGUGGACGUUCUCGUGCGGUACAAUUGGAACUACGUCGUGCUGGACGAGGGCCACCUCAUCAAGAACCCGAAGGCCAAGAUUAGCCUCGCGGUCAAGCGGCUCCCGAGCAACCACAGGUUGAUCCUGACAGGCACGCCGAUCCAGAACAACGUGUUGGAGCUCUGGUCGCUCUUCGACUUCCUCAUGCCGGGCUUUUUGGGGGCGGAGAAGGUGUUCCUCGACCGCUUCGCCAAGCCGAUCGCGGCCAGCCGGUUCAGCAAGGCGUCGUCCAAGGAGCAGGAGGCCGGCGCGCUCGCGAUCGAGGCGCUCCACAAGCAAGUGUUGCCGUUCCUGCUGCGGCGACUCAAGGAGGAAGUGCUGAACGACCUGCCGCCGAAGAUCUUGCAGAACUACUACUGCGACUUGAGCGAACUGCAGCAGAAGCUGUUCGAGGAUUUCACCCGGAAGCAAGGCAGGAAGCUGCAGGAGGAGGCCGGAAAGGAGGACAAGGAGGCCAAGGCGCACAUCUUCCAGGCGCUGCAGUACAUGCGCAAGCUGUGCAACUCGCCGGCGCUGGUGAUGAAGCCGGGGCACGGGCUGUACGAGGAGACGCAGCGGCUGCUCCACAAGAAGGGCACCAGCCUGGAAGACGUGGCGCACGCGCCCAAGCUCACGGCGCUGCGGGACCUGCUGGUGGACUGCGGCAUCGGCGUCGAGGGGGGCGAGUCGAACGACCCGCUGUACCAGCCGAUCAAGCCGCACCGGGCUCUGAUCUUCUGCCAGAUGAAGGAGAUGCUCGACAUGGUGCAGAACAAGGUGCUCAAGGACCUGCUGCCGAGCGUGUCGUUCUUGCGGCUGGACGGGUCGGUGGAGGCCAACAAGCGGCAGAGCAUCGUGAACAAGUUCAACCACGACCCGUCGUACGACGUGCUGCUCCUGACGACGAGCGUGGGCGGGCUGGGGCUGAACCUGACGGGGGCGGACACGGUGAUCUUCGUGGAGCACGACUGGAACCCGCAGAAGGACCUGCAGGCGAUGGACCGGGCGCACCGGAUCGGGCAGAAGAAGGUGGUCAACGUGUACCGGCUCAUCACGCGGGGGACGCUGGAGGAGAAGAUCCUCAGCCUGCAGCGGUUCAAGAUCGACGUGGCGUCGACGGUGGUCAACCAACAGAACGCGGGGCUGGCGACGAUGGACACGGACCAGAUCCUCGACCUGUUCAACCUGGGCGACACGGGGCCGGGGCUCAUCACGGACAAGGCGGCGCAGAACACGAUGGAGGGGCGGGAGGAGGACAUGGUGGAUGUCGAGACGGGCGACGUCAUCACGGGGACGCAGACGGGCAAGAAGGCGUGGAUGGACGACUUGGGCGAGCUGUGGGACAACCGGCAGUACGAGGAGAGUUUCGACCUGGAGGGGUUCUUGAAGACGAUGCAGUAG